AUGUCAUUUCUUGGUGGCGCUGAGUGUUCCACCGCGGGAAACCCCCUCACGCAGUUUACGAAACACGUACAAGAUGACAAGUCCCUCCAGCGUGACCGGCUUGUCGGGCGUGCCCCUGGAAUGCAAGAGGGUAUGCGCUCGCAGGGAAUGAUGGGGGGUCACGACCAGAUGAUGGACGAGUUCGCUCAGCAAUCAGCUCAACUCCCCGGCGGCCCGCAGCAGCAUAUGAGGAUGGAGAUGGAGCAAGUGAGACAGCAACUAGAGCAGAUGCACACAACGCCGCGAACGGGUUCGCCGGGGUGGGCUGCGGAGUUUGACCCUGGAGAACAAGCCCGCAUGGAGGCUGCCUUUGCCGGGCCAAAGGGUCCCAUGAUGAACAACGGAUCGGGGUUCACUCCGGCCGAGUUUGCCCGCUUUCAGCAGCAGAGCACCAUGAGCGUUCCGCAAUCGGCUAGCCCAGUUACCGCCGGCCAGUCACCAAUGAUGGGUGGUUACCAGCGAUCUAUGGGCAUGGGGUAUAUGGGAUACGGAGGGAUGGGGAUGAUGCAGCCUGGAUUCGGACCCAUGGGCAUGCAACACCAGCAGCCGGCUGAGGCUUCAACGCAGGAUAAAGGAAAGGGGCGGAUGAUUGAGCUCGACGAUGAGAACUGGGAAGCUCAGUUCAAAGAGAUCGAGACGGCAGAUCAGGGGAAGCUGGAUGACGAGGCCAAUGCAGCCAUAGAGGCGGAGUUGAAUGAUCUUGACAGGUCAGUCCCCACCACCAGUAGCACCGAAGACCUCAGUCAUUUUGAGCGCGUAUGGGAAAGAGUCCAAGCUGAGACGGCAACAAAUAGAAAAUUGGCGGAGGAUUCUGAGUACAAUAUUGAUGAUAAUCUCCAUAUGGGUGAUAUGGCCGAAUGGGAUGGGUUCGACAAUCUGAAUACUCGGUUCAGGGAGCCUCGAUUGGGUGAUUACUCGUUCGAGCAGGAGAAUGUCUUCCGCGACAUCGCUAACCCCUUUGAGGAGGGUAUGAAGAUUAUGCAAGAAGGCGGCAAUCUGUCCCUGGCAGCUCUGGCUUUUGAGGCGGCGGUGCAGAAAGACCCUCAGCAUGUGAAGGCUUGGACUAUGCUGGGUACUGCCCAGGCUCAAAAUGAGAAGGAACUCCCUGCUAUUCGGGCACUGGAGCAAGCUCUCAAGGUGGAUCCGAACAAUCUUGACGCCCUCAUGGGGCUUGCUGUGUCAUACACGAACGAAGGGUACGACUCAACAGCUUACCGUACCCUCGAGCGCUGGCUUUCCGUUAAAUAUCCUCAGAUCAUUAGUCGAGAUGAUCUAUCCUCGGACGCCGACCUAGGAUUCACUGACCGCCAGAUUCUUCAUGAACGUGUUACCGAUCUUUUCAUACAGGCGGCUCAAUUGUCGCCGUCGGGAGCGCAAAUGGAUCCUGAUGUUCAGGUUGGUCUGGGCGUCCUCUUCUAUUGCGCAGAAGAGUACGAGAAGGCCGUGGACUGCUUUACGACAGCAUUGGCGAGCACUGAAUCCGGAACCACGAACCAGAGGGAGCAACUUCAUCUCCUUUGGAACCGCCUGGGAGCUACGCUCGCCAACUCUGGUCGAUCAGAAGAAGCUAUUGAGGCCUACGAACAAGCUCUGAACAUCAAUCCUAACUUUGUCCGAGCGCGCUACAACCUAGGCGUAUCGUGUAUCAAUAUUGGUUGUUACCCGGAAGCAGCGCAACAUCUUCUGGGAGCCUUGUCCAUGCAUCGUGUGGUCGAGGAGGAAGGAAAGGAACGAGCUAGGGAGAUUGUAGGCGGCAAUGAUGGUCGCAUCAACGAGGCCGAACUCAACCGCAUGAUUACUGCAAACCAAAGUACCAACCUUUACGACACGUUGCGACGGGUAUUUAGCCAAAUGGGUCGACGAGACCUGGCCGAUUUGGUGGAAGCGGGAAUGGAUGUCAAUAUAUUCCGGAAGGAAUUUGAGUUUUGA